CAGAUUUCCGUGGCGGCUACUUCACAUGCUUUCGGUUUUGAGUUGUAGCCAACCAAUAUGAUGGUUGAAGAUGGAAACGACUUUGGAGACCUGCAGCAGCAGGCUGAACAGCUCACAGCGGAGAUGGAGAGCGGGACGGAUCUGCCUCGAGUGUCCCGCAACCUCACACAGAUCCUGGAGGCAGGACAAAGACUCCUGUCCAAAGUGGCACCCAUCAGCCAGGACUCCACAGAUGUCAAAGCUUCCAUCCUGCUGGGAACAAAGGGAUAUGAUGUCCCCAGGAUAGCUCAGAAGCUGGAAGGCCUGAGUGCAGCAAAGUCUUUUGAGCCCUUAGAGCCCAUCAGAGAUACAGAUAUAGAGAGUUUCUUGAGAAACGAAAGAGAGAAUGCACUACUUGCAGUCAUUGAACAGACCAGGAAAAAUACGUUUGAGGAGACUGAGAAGAGACACUGGGAGUGUAUGGAGAGUGAAUGGGAAAGAGAAAAACAGAAAAUCCUCAACUCACUGAGGGGUCUCGGACAGGAUACACUGGACUUUCAGCCAGAGUCUGAGAGUUUCCUGGCUGAUCCAGUCAAUAUGCAGGGUCGCAGUAGCCUUGACAACAUAGAGGCAGCUUAUGCCAGACAGGUGUUCCAGUACAAUGAACAAAUUGUACAGGGCAGUGUUAGACCUUGUCUUGUGGAUAUGUUCCUGGACGUGGCGAAAAAACUGGAUGACAAGCAUGUAGUGGACUUGUGGGACAUGGUGAAGUGUAUGGUGGAGGUUCCCUUAGUGUGUACCAGUAGUAUUGGUCAGACUCGCUCCGACUACAGGACACACAUAGCCUUUGUGGACAAAGCUAGAGACUACCUGGAGACACAGUACACAAAAUACAUCACCAACACUAUAUAUGGUAACCUCCAGAAAGCCCAGUUAGGGGGUAUCCCCGGUACCUACAACUUAGUCCGUAGCUUCCUGAAUGUCAAACCUCCUAGCUUCAGGGGCCUUGAGGAUGAGACGGUUGAUGGCCAUCCCACCUGGGCCAUGGUGUACUAUUGUCUGCGAUGUGGAGAUCUCCAAGCUGCUCAGCACGUUGUGGACAAGGCAGCGCACAAUGUUGGUGAUUUUACAACAUUUCUACAGGAGUACAUUGCCAAUGAAGACCACAGAUUGAGUUCCAGUACAGAAACAAAAAUACAUCUACACUACAGACGCAUUGUGAAGAAUGGGACGGAUCCUUUUAAACGGGCAGUGUAUUGUGUGAUAGGCCGGUGUGAUUACGAGGAGAACCACUCAGACAUUGCUGACAAAAUUGAUGACUACCUGUGGAUAAAGUUGUCACAGAUACAGCUAGACCCCGACCCUGUGAGCCAGGACCAGUUCACACUACAGAAACUACAGACCAUGUUGUUUGAGGAUUUCGGUGAGAGCUACUUCAGCGGAUACCAGCAGCCGUACCUCUAUUUCCAGGUGUUGAUUCUGACAGCUCAGUUUGAGGCGGCCAUUGAGUUUAUGUCCCGUAUUGACAAGCUUCUGUGCCACUCCGUCCAUGUCGCACUGGUUCUGUACGAGUUGAAGAUGCUGAUGUUGUCAACCUCCAACCAGUCCCAGCUCCUUACCAAGGAAGCCACAGAUGAACAGCCAAUGAGACGACUGAACUUUGUACGCCUCAUCACUAUGUACACACGGAAGUUUGAGGCAACAGACAGUAGAGAGGCACUGCAGUAUUUCUACUUCCUCAGGGACUUGAGAAGCGGGCAGGGAGAGAACUUAUUUAUGUCAUGUGUUAGUGAACUUGUACUGGAGACCCGAGAAUUUGAGAUGCUGCUUGGGAAGAUUGAACGUGAUGGGACACGGCGGCCUGGAGCUAUAGACAAGUUCCAUGGUGACACCCAGAAAAUUAUAGAGCUGGUGGCCAAGGAUACUGAGAGUAAAGGGCUGUUUGAGGAUGCAGUAAGGCUGUAUGAUCUGGCUAAGAAACAGGACAAGGUGCUGGAGAUUUUAAACAAACUGAUCAGUCAAGUGGUAUCCCAGUCAAACUCACCUCAGUCGUCACGGGACCGGCUACGCAAUAUGGCCAUUGGUAUGGCUGAAAGGUACAGGUCUGAGGGUGUGGAAGGAAAUCGGUCCAACACAAGCACAUUCUUCCUCCUUCUCGACCUCCUCACUUUCUUCGACUUCUACCACGCUGGCAACAUGGACGAGGGUCUCACUGUUAUCAAACAACUGCAGCUACUUCCCCUUACUGCUGAUGCCGUAGAACAAAAAGUGAACUCGUUCCGACAUUACACAGAUGAGGUGCGAAGGUGUUUACCAGAUAUUCUGUUAGCAACGAUGAACAUUUUACAUCAUCAAUACAAAAAUGCCAAAAAUACAGCUCCACAGAGUCCAAUCACAGGUCUAGGGUCACGGUCGGGUGAUGGUGGUAAGGAAACGUUCCUGAAUUUCCUAAGAAGCCAGGCUCGAGCCCUGAUCAUGUUUGCAGGCAUGCUUCCAUACAGACUUCCAGGGGACACAAAUGCACGACUAGUCCAGAUUGAGGUCCUUAUGAACUGAUACAGUGAAAUAUUUUGAAGAUCAGAAGAUCAAAAUAAUGUUCGGUGCAAUACCAUGCCUUUCAUCACUGUCAGAAAGGGACCGGGGUAUGGAAAAAGAAACGGCAUGAUUGAAUAAUAUAUAUUUAUAAACCUUGGUUUACAUCAACAUGCAAAAAUCGGAAUCUUCACACAACUGAACAUUUAUGUCUAUAUCAAGAAACAAUGAGAGUGGUCCUGUUAGAGGGAAGUCAUCCAUUAGCAAAUAUUUCUGUAUGACCUGGUUUAGACCAACAUGUAAAUUCCAAAAUCUUUGAAAAAAAUUGUAUCUGAGAAGGAAGUUAAGAAAAUACUUACCAGGCUGUCUAGGGGAAACUAAGAUCCAUGCCCCGCGGGCUCAUCACCAGUACAAAUGUUGUAUGUAUAAUAAGCUGGUAGUGCAGGUCGUACAUGGUCAUCCAGAAAAGUUCUACAGAAUAUUUUGGACACAGUUAAAUUGUUUCAAUCACUUUGGUCAUGAGGAAGGAUCUAAACCAAAUAUACCAGUGUUUGUGUGCAGGACAGAUAUAGGUCAUUUACAACACUUUUGUCAGAAAUGUUGUUCUCAAAAGCACUCCAGUAUUUGAUUUAUCACUGUUGUCAUAGCCGAGUUUUGUUUGUGCCAUUAACCAUACAACAGUUGUAUAUCUGGAAGCAUUGUAUUACCGGGAUACAAAUUAUACAGAGAUUUGCUGUUUCAAUACAAAAUCUUAGUUUAAUCUGAGAUGAAAAUUGUGUGAAUUGAGAAAUAUAUUCAUCAAAUGUUACUUUGUAAUGUGACAGGUGUUAUUUUCACUGAUGGUACAUUUUGCAGACUUGGGAUUUGAAGUUUUUGUGACAGUUUUAUCGGAACACAUUUCUCUCCUAUUUGUUAAUGCAUUAUUGAAAUAGCAUAGACACUGCUAUGUGUGUUUGUGUACAGUGCACAUAUUCUGAAGGUCCACCAAAUCCAAAUUAGGACAAAAGCUUUCUCCGUGAAAAUGGAGACUUGAUGGUUGGUAUGUGCAAGAAGUUUCUAUAUCUGUUUGAGGGUGUGUGUAGGUGUAUGUGUGUGUAAGGGUUUGUAUGCCAGUGGUUAUGUGAGAUUGGAUUGAUGUACGGCCGUGUGAAUGACACAUUGAAAUUCCAUGGAUCAGUUUGAUUAUGUUUUGAACAGGUUUAUAUUCAAUAUCAGGAAUAAAUCUUGUCUAUAACCACAAAAUUGUAAAAUUACUGUAAGGUUAAAUUCAAUUGUACAUUUAGUCUAAAGAACACGUUGGCAUGCUCAAGUAUUGGUAUUUAUGAGAUUAGUGCUAGCUGUUACCUUUUGCUUUGCAAAUUCUAUUUUGAUAGUGUUGAGGGCAGCAAGGUCUUCAAGCAUUGUUGAAGGAUACGAUUGCCCAAGGCCUGGUUAGACCAAUAUUACAUCUCAAACUAGAAAGAAGUAUUGCUUUUAAUGCAUUGCUUAAAAACUGGUAGAAACAUUUAGGGAGAUAUGUAUUUUCCCUUUAUUUGAAUGAGGACCUGUGUUCGUACAGGCUUUGAAAAAGUCCUAAAUACAAAGGUUGUCCUUGAAGAGCGUUAUAAUUAAUGAAAAGCCCUAAAAGCACCUAAAUUUAACUAAAACUCUUGAAAGAGUCAAAAUGAGCCUUGAAUUUACUAGAUGAUCAUUAAACUACAAUUGUAGAUUGAUAUUUUGGUGGUUUUGUUAUGUUAUUCUCAUAAAAAUGAAUUCGGAGAAUACAGGAAAAUGAAAUAUUUGUUUUAAUACGAUUUUCGGACUAACCAGCCAGUGUUAGACAUUGUUUGAUGGUUAUAUGGCAAGUUAAGAGACAUCCAAGUUAUGCUUCCAGAACUCUGUAUUUUGAGAAUUUGCAAAUGGCAGCAGAUUUUUAGGCCUUAACUUUUACUGAAAAGGGCCCAAAUAGCCUUGAAUUUCCUAGUAAAACUCCUGAAUGAAUCCUGGAGAACAAAUGUCAGCAUUUCAAAUACCUUUUCAUGUAUUAUGUUGUGUAUGUUUUUGUAGACACAAUUAAAUUUGUUCUAUAUACUUAUUUAUCUUCUGUUCUUGAAUUUCAAUCGGCGUUACGAAUCGGUGAUUGGGAUGACAAUUGAAUUCAGUAUAUUAACAAAAAUAAAUCACGUGGUAGCACUUAUGAUGGCCAUGUUAUCUUUUAUUGAUGAGAGCACCAUCUACUGGCAGAAAGUAAUAAAAAUGAUGGUUGCAAGGAGUGGGUAAUAUUGUGUAUCAGGUCCAAUCAGCAUCCAAGAUUUUAUCAUGUAGUGUACUAAAAUUACUCUCAGAAUUUAUUGUGGGUCUGUGUGAUGAUUGAUUGAUGGUUGACUGUUUCCUGUUGAAAAUUAAAGAUGCACUUUAAAAGAGAGGUCCAUCAAAUAUUUCGAAAUUGUCCAAAAUAAUAUUUCAUUGCAUAACGAAGUGAGAAUGUAGUGAUUGUAUUAAAUGUGUAAAUUG